AUGUUAAUGACUGAACAUGAAAUUUCUUAUAUGCAGACUCAUUGUAAAAGCCAAGCAAAAGAUUAUUCCGAAGACGAGAAAAAGAGGAGAACUCGUGAUGGUUUAGUAUUAAUCUAUAAUCAUUUAAAGCAACUAGGCUACGUUAAUUCUGCUGAACAUCUUGCUCAAGAGGCAGGAAUUGGUCCUGAUAGGUUUGAACUUUGCGAUAAUAUAAGUUUUCAAAGAAUUAUUGUCGAUUUUGAAAAAGCAUACGAACAACGCUAUGGAGUUAAACCAAAGAUUGCAAAACCAGUUCCUAAAGGAAAGAAAACCACGCCUACAUCACUCGGAAAUAUUUAUGAUAUUCCAGCUGUAAUUGAAAAGGCAAAGAAUAAUGCAGGUAUCGACGGUCAUCCACCAAAGGUCAAAAAAGCUAAAUCAAGUGAUACAAAGUCAGAGAAAUCAUCAGAAAAAGGCAAAUCAGAUGAUCCUCUACAAUCAGAUGAUCUUUUAUCAAUCAAUGCUACGCCAAUCGUUGCACAACCACCUAAACCGAAGAAAUCCAAGAAAGAAGAGAUCACAGACGAAACUCCUUUACCUGUCCCUCCAGAUAUUCAGUUAAUGAAGCCAGUUCCGCCACAACUGCGUGCAGAUUUCGGCGACCUUACAGAUGUCAUUGCUCGCGAUAUCUUUACAGCGAAUACAGGUGUUACAUGGUCAGAUAUUGUUGGUCUUGAUGGUGCAAAGAGAGUUUUAAGAGAAGCAGUUGUUAUGCCACUCAAAUUCCCUCAAUUAUUCGAAGGAAAGAAACUUCUUCGCCCAUGGAAAGGCGUUUUACUCCAUGGUCCACCAGGAACAGGAAAAACUCUACUUGCGAAAGCUGUUGCAGGCGAAGGAACAACAUUCUUUAAUAUCUCAGCUUCUACAGUUGUUUCUAAGUGGAGAGGUGACUCAGAAAAGCUCAUUCGUGUCUUAUUCGAGCUCGCAAGAUUCCAUGCACCUUCAACAAUUUUCAUUGAUGAAAUGGAUUCGAUUAUGUCGAAGAGAUCUUCGGAAGAAGAGCACGAAGCAUCAAGAAGAAUGAAGACAGAGAUGCUCACACAAAUGGAUGGACUUGCGAACUCAAAUGCUUUAGUGUUUGUCUUGGCUGCUUCGAACUUCCCGUUUGAUUUAGAUCCUGCUUUAUUGAGAAGACUUGAAAAGAGAAUUUUAGUUCCAUUGCCAGAUAAAGAAAGUCGUGAAAACAUGUUUAGAACAUUGUUGACACCUGAUGUAGCUGAUCAAUCUAUUGAUUUCGCUCAGUUUGCAGAGAAAACAGAGAAUUACAGUGGAUCAGAUAUCAAAUUAGUUUGUAAAGAAGCUGCAAUGGAACCAUUGAGAAGAUUGAUGUCAUCACUGCAGGAAAAGUAUGGAGAUUUGUAUUUAGAUGUCGCCAAAGAUGAGGAUAUUGUUUUGGAUUUAGUUAAUGAUCAGGAUUUGAAAUUGGCUUUAUCUAGAACUAAACCAAGCUUGAUGUUCAAUAUGAAGAAAUAUCAAGAAUGGCAAGACAGCUUUGGUGUAGAAUAA